AAGAAAAUGACUGCUGGUAUAAAAACUUUAAUAGUUAAAAACUUUAAAGGAGUUUCUAACAUAAGUGAUGAAUAUUUGGAAAGACAAUGUAAAAUAUUGGAGUCUGCUAUCACUGCAAUUUUGAAGGAUUCCGAAAUAAAUAUAACCUUGGAAAAAUUGUACGGUAUUGUAGAAAAUGUCCACCAAGCAAAAAAAAACGUGCUUUACGAUAAUUUAAAUAACUUAUUUGAACAUUUUCUACUAGAAAAAUUGGAAUAUCUUUUAGAAAAUGACUAUGUAUUAUUGAAACUUGACACAAUAUGGAGAUCAUUUUGCAGACAUGUCCAAACUAUUAAAAACAUCUUUCUAAGCUUGGACAAAUCAUCUAAAAAUAAAUAUAAUACUAUAAAUGUAAUGAGUAUGAUAUUGUUUAAAACAUUGGUUGUAUUAAACCCUCGUGUUAAAAAGAAGUUAACUGAAGAAAUGUUUUACAAUAUCGAAUUGGAAAGAAAAGGCAAGACAAUAAACUUGGAAGUAAUACAAUCUAUAAUCGGCAUGUUCACCGAGUUGCAAGUUUAUGACGAUAUGUUUCAAACUGAAUUUCUCAAGUCCACCGAAACUUUUUAUAUUGAAGAAGGAAACAUGUUAAUUCAAAGCUACAUCAUAUCAGAUUAUUUAAAACAUGUUAAUGAAAGAAUAUUAGAAGAACAAGACAGAGCUAAACAUUAUUUAAGCAAAUAUACUGGAAUUGCAACCUUAGAGUUGGUUUAUAAGUAUUUAAUAAAAGAGCACAUUGUCGAAAUUCUGGAUAAGGGAUUUAAUAAUAUUAUCGACAAUAAUAAUUUAAAUGAAUUAUUUUUAAUGUAUAAUCUUUUAAAAAAAGUAGCUUGCGGGGUUAAGUAUUUAAGCCAGUAUUUUUUGAAUUACAUAUUAAAAGAAGGUACGGUAAUUGUGUAUAACCCAGAAAAUGAUAAAACCAUGAUUGAAAGCUUGCUAGUGUUUAAAGAAAAAUUGGAUCACAUUGUUGAAGUGUGUUUUAAAUCUAAUGAUGAUUUUUUUGAAGUCAUAAGAAAUGCAUUCGUUAAAUUUGUCAAUAUUCGUAAAAAUAAACCUGCUCAACUGCUCGCCAAAUUUUUGGAUAAAAAAAUGAGGUCUAAAGAUUUAACUGAAGCGGAUUUGAAGGUACUAUUCGAUAAAAUCAUGGUAAUAUUUAGGUUUAUACAAGGAAAGGAUAUUUUUGAAGCCUUCUAUAAAAGAGAUUUAGCUAAACGACUUCUUCUGAGUAAAUCCACUAGCCAAGAUGCAGAGGACAGUAUGAUUGCCAAAUUAAAAAAUGAAUGCGGUGAUAACUUUACCUCAAAAAUUGAGGGAAUGUUUAACGAUAUAAGUAUCAGUCAAUCAAUAAACGAGGCUUUUAAACAACAUUUAAAAAGUACUAGAUUAGAAACUUCAGUAGAUUUGUGCAUUAAUAUAUUAACCAAUAGCUUUUGGCCAAACUAUCCAAAUUACGAAGUAAAUUUGCCAGAUGAGUUAGUUAAUUAUCAGCUAGCUUUUCAAAAAUUUUAUGCCUAUAACCACAGUGGAAGAAAAUUAAUUUGGCAACCCAAUUUGGGCCAUUGUAUUGUUAAAGGCAAUUUUGAAGCAGGAAAUAAGGAAUUGCAGGUUUCUUUGUUCCAAACUUUGGUUUUACUAUUGUUUGAUAAAACAGCCAAAUUAAGCUAUCUUGAAAUUCGAGAACUAACCAAUUUGGAAGAUACUGAGCUUAAGAAAACCAUACUUUCUUUGGCUUGCGGAAAAGCAAGAGUACUUUUAAAAUCUCCUAAAGGAAUUGAUUUAAAGGAUGAAGAUUUAUUUAUAGUAAAUAAAGAGUUUACUGACAAACUAUUUCGCGUUAAAAUUAAUCAAGUGCAACUAAAAGAAACAGCUGAGGAAGAAAAAGCAAUAGAAUCUAGCGUUAUGGUUGAUCGUCAAUUUCAAAUUGAUGCAGCUAUCGUAAGAAUUAUGAAGAAAAAAAUGUCAGUAAAUCAUAAUGCUCUUUUGGCAGAAUUAUUUAAUACUUUGGAUAUUCCUGUGAAGCCACAUGAUUUAAAAAAGAGAAUCGAACUUCUUAUUGAAAGAGAGUAUAUGGAAAGAGAUAAAGAUAACCCGGCAAAUUAUACAUACAUCGCCUAAUAUUUAAAAUAAAUGUUAUUUUUUUCAUUUAAUGUUAUUUUUGUAAAUAAAUAUG